AUGUUCACGCUCUCUCUCCUGAGCCGGGGACAUGGGAAGUUGGUCCAGAACAAACAGAAGCUAGAAGUCUAUUUUGAACCAGAGGAUUACUUGAACUGGAAGUCUCCAGAAGAUUAUGUCCUGGUCAGCAAACCGAAGGAGGAGGGCAGUGCCAACCCGCACACCUGGAGCCUCUUUCUCCCCAAAACAUUCAGUACUAGGAAGGGGGCCCUGAUCCUCUACUCAGAAGGUUUAGCCUUAUCAGCAUGGACACCGGAAGAGAGGAGACAAGGCCCCCACCGCCCCAAAGGCCACGGGAAGAGGCCGGGUCUUGAACUGCGCACACUUCAGGACCUCAAAAAAGCCAUCCUGGCGUACGGAAGGAGAGAGACGGAGCAGGACAGAGCGUGGCAACCGCACCUCCACUUCCGAAGCCAACCAGAGAGCCAGGGCCAACGGCAGAUGCAGCCUGGGUAUUCAGCCAAGAGAUACCUCCGAGGCCUCUUGCGGACAUGGCCCCCUGACACCACGGCCAGGCUCCAGUGUGCAGGGUACAUCAAGGAUUCUGUGCUGCUCCGGGACGGUCAACUUAAUGUACCAAAGAAUCUCAGGUCACAACAGGAUCUUUCAGGUGUACCCCCAAAAUACCAUCUCCUGCCUGUCUUCCCUCCAUUUUGGAUUCGACAAGGAAAAUCUUUUGAACAAGGUCAGCAGGGCCUGGCCGGAGGGGAAGCUGGGGCUAGCGGACGCAUGGACCAGGGCUCCGUAGCCAAGAACUACAGCAGUCAAGGGAUUCACUUGCCACAGCUCAGGAAGCAGCCAUGGCAGGAAGCCGAAACCCAGGCUGAGGACGCAUCAAUAGAGAAUCACCAUCAUAUACACACUUCAAAGCAGAGCCACAAUGAAAACAUAACCUCCCGAAGGGCCUUUGGGCAUGCCCACAUGGAUUAUUCUUGGCUCCUGAGUGACAAAUCCCACAUUACAUUCUAUGGAGGGGCCUUCCCCAAUAGAAAGGCAGAUCUCAGCGACAGACAAGGGAAUAUAAGACUCCACAAGGGCAGAAGCUGCCACUUGUUACAGGAGCCUCCUGCUGAAAGAUGCCUUUUCCCUCCUAUAGCACCUGCUACUGGCUCGGAGAAAAACACAGCUGGGGAAGUGAAGAAGAAAAAGGUGCCAAAGGCUUCGAAAUUACCCCCUCUCUCAGAAGAACAGCCCAGAGUCCUGGACCCCCUGAGGAGUGAACCUCCAGCAGAGCUCUUCACCUUCCCAGUGGGGAUUCAUUUCCACACCCAACAGCCCCCAAAAGAAAAACUACUUGGAAGAGCAGCUCCACACCCUGAGCCAGGACCAGAAACAGAAGAAAAGGCCAGGCCUUUAUGGAAACCUCCCCUGAAGCAUGCAUCCUUAGAAAAGCCAAGGGAGUUAACCGUGCAUCUCCCAAUGGACACGGGCAGGGACACGCUCUCACAUCAAGAUGAUGAUGCCCCACCCCAGAAUGUGACCCCACCAUUGUCCCUGAUUAAAGGAAGAAAAAGUCCAGAGAGCCAGAGGGGCCUGGAUAGUCCCAGGACAUCAAGCUGCAGCAGCUCCAUAGGCCCCUUGGAUGUGAGAAGGGCCAGGGGGGCACUCCCAGCAGAAGGACAAGAAGAUUCCAGAGACCCCACACUGGGACACUUCUUGCCAGGUCCAGAUGGAGAAAACAUCUGCCUGUUCCUCCCCAGGCCUACUGAAACCAAGGAGCCUCUUUCAGGUACGGCCUAUGAAUCUGUCAAUUCAAAUACCAACCAUGAAAAGGAGAGGUCUAGUAUUCAACGUCCCCUAAAAACAAACACUGAAUCCAGAACCUGUCUUCUCACGAAUCUUAAUGAAAUCUCACCUUUGACCCAAAAGCCAGAGAAGCAGGGAGCCCAGCAGUCCUUGGAGGCAGCAGCUCAGAAGACAGGAGAGCCUCAAAGUUGUAUAAAUAAAGGGCUGAUAUGUUCAAACAGAAAAGAAUUUUACACGCGCAAGCUGCACAUCGACAUGACGCCGUUCCUGAAGGAAAAUGGAGAUGAACUGGAUGAUCAUGAAGAACCAGAAGGACCCCUUGGAGAAAAUCAUCAAGACACCCAAGACCAGGAGCUGAAGAGUAUGACCCCUGACCCUCUUGGUGCUUCCCUGGCAGACCACAUGCAGCCCCCUGUGUCAGAUACUGUCCAAAAGACGGGCAAAGAUUAUGAUGUGCACCAUCUGCACGGGAGACGCCCAGGACACGAGUCCCCAGAGAGGUUGAGUCCUAUAGAUGCAUCUUUUUUUCCAAGAGGAACAGAAGGGAGGGCUGAACCAAGACUGUUCAACCAUCAGGCUCUAGCCAACAUCAGUGUAAGUAUGGAGUUGAUUGGCAAAGUCAAGAGAAAGAAAAGAACCAAGACAGACAAGUCCAAGGCGCCCAAGGAGAGGAGAGAAGGAAAGGUCCAGAGGCAAGCAGAGGCCGCUGUAGGAAAGUCAAAGGAAUCAAAGGCUGAAAAGAAAUCAGAGUUAAUUCCCAAAGAAAGAAAACCAAGAGCCAAAAGGAAAAGGACACAGAAGGAAAGGAAUCUGGAACUAGCAGAGCUGAGUGGCCCUGAUGUCAUUAACUCUAAGGAAACAGAAGACACUUCAGAUAGAGGUUUCUCUCCUGCAGAUUCUGUUGUAGAGGACCCUUGGCUUUCCCACAAAUAUGAUGCUCCAGAGAGCCAAGUGUCCAUAGAUGGAAGAUCAUCACCCACCCAGACUGUACCGGUCGCUGGAAACGUGGAAUCUAAAGAAGAAAGAAGUUAUGAGGACCCUUCCAAAGCCCUCCUCACCGAGAGGGAGCGACAGGGAGCUUCCCGGGACAGGCUGCGAGCUGAGAGGGCCGAGCGGCGACGCUCGGAGGUGGAGAGGAGAAGAGGGCAGGAAGCACGGCGGCCUCUCCUGCAGGAGCAACUGCAGAGGGCGGAGGAGAUGGAGGAGGACCUGGAGCUGGAGCUGCGCACCCGCGCCCAGGAGAAGCGCCUGAAGAAAGAGAGACUCGAAGAAGAACGGCGGCGGCAGGAGGAGGCGGCGAGGAUGCAGCAGCUUCAGUUGCAAGUGGCCCAGGAGAGAGUCCGGCGGCAACGGGAGGCGUUCCAGAGGAAACUGCGAGAACUGCAGAGAACAAAGCAGCAGGAGGAAGCCGAGAGGGCUGAGGAUGAGAAGCAGAGGCAGAAGGAAUUGGAAAUGCAGUUGGCAGAGGAGGAAAAACGCCUGCUAGAAAUGGCUGAAGAAGAACGGCUGGAGCACCAGCAGAGGAAACAGGAAGCUGGAGAGAAGGCUCAGCUGGAAGCAGAGGCGAGAAGGCGAAGGGGAGAGGAGGCCGCAAGGCUGGAUCUGGAGGGAGCCAUGACACGAGCUCAGGAAGAAGCCAGGCAAAAAGCUGCUUUGGAGAAACAUCUUCAUUUCCAUCAAGAACUCUGUAAGGAAGCCAGUGCCCUGCGGUGGACACACAACAUUUCCAGAUCGUGGGUCUACUCGUACUUCCAGUUCCUACACAUACCCAGACCUUAAGGCUAGAAGAAAACUAAAAAGUAAGUUGGGAGGUAGUGACAGAAAAAGAGAAACUUCUAUAAUGAUGUCCCAUUUCAUCUGGUUCACCUCAACCCACACCUCACUUC